AAAGUUUAGCCGGUCGCUAUCCGCGAAGCCCACAGUAAGUUGUCAUCAUUCGAAUAAAACACACGUGUCGACUCCAUUCGAAUAAUGUUCCGAUAAAUCUUAUCACAUCACUAACUAAUCUCGACGGCCAGUGCGUGCAUUUAAAAAUAUAUGACGGAAUAAACGUUAUUCCAAAUUUGAAGUUUUGAUAUCUAACAAGUUGAGAAAAAAAUCUGCUUUAUGAUGUGGCAGUUACUUUUCCUGGCGCUGGCGACCGCCAGCGACCUCCCCCCCUCAUGCGACCGACCAGUCUACUGCGACAGCGCCCUACUCCACCAUGUCCAAAUGGCGCGAGUCUUCUCUGAUUCCAAGACUUUCGUCGAUUACGAGAUGAGAUACGAUCAAGAAACGACUCUGGCCGCAUUCGAUCAACUACUCAAGGACACCAACGACAAACCCGAUCGAGAUCAAUUGAGACAAUUCGUUGAUAUGUACUUCAAUAAUGACACUACUACCGAAUUGGAAAACUGGAUGCCGACUGACUACACCGAAAACCCUGAGUUUCUUAACAGCAUUGCUGAUGAAGAUCUAAGGAAAUUCGGGAAAGAUAUCAAUGAUAUAUGGCCUAUACUCGGAAAGAAAGUUACGGCAAAGGUUUUCGAGAAUCCUGACAGACACAGCUUGAUACCAGUCAGUCACGGAUUCAUCAUCCCUGGAGGGAGAUUCAAGGAACUUUAUUACUGGGACACGUAUUGGAUCAUUGAAGGUCUGCUGGUAAGCGGCAUGACUGAUACUGUUAAAAAUGUCAUAGAAAAUCUUAUGGAAUUGGUGGAGAAGGUUGGACAUAUCCCUAACGGGAGCAGAUGGUACUAUCAGCAAAGAAGUCAGCCCCCUCUACUCACAGCCAUGGUGGCCGCAUAUUUCGAACAAACAAGUGAUACUGAAUUCUUAGCAAAUAAAAUUGAUAUUCUCGAAAAGGAAAUAAAAUAUUGGCUUGAUACACAAAUUGUCGCCUUUGAAAAAGAUGGCAGAACCUAUACAUUGCUCAGAUAUUACGCUCCGAGUGAGGGUCCACGACCAGAAUCCUAUUACGAAGAUUAUACGAACGCGCAAAAAUUCGAAACAGAAGAUAGAAAAAGAGAAUUUUACGUCGAUCUAAAAAGUGCUGCGGAAAGCGGUUGGGACUUCUCAUCUCGUUGGUUCAUUGAACAAGAUGGCAGCAAUGAUGGUGACUUAACCAUGAUCCACACAAAAGAUUUGAUUCCUGUCGACUUGAAUGCGAUUUUCGCUAACGCUCUAAACAACAUGGCGUAUUUCAAAGCUGUGUUGAAAAGGCCUAACGAAGCAGCACACUGGGGUUACUUAGCUAGGCAGUGGAGGAGUUCUAUUGAGGAUGUUUUGUGGGACGAAGAGGGCGGGGUGUGGUUUGAUUACGACAUGAGUCACAAGAAGCACCGUAAAUAUUUCUUCGCUAGUAACAUUGCGCCUUUGUGGAUGGGAGCCAUCGAAGACAGCUUCUUAGAAAAGCACGCUCACCGUGUGGUAAAGUACUUGCGUAACUCCAAAGGUCUGGACUAUCCUGGAGGCAUUCCCGCUUCGUUGAACUAUACUAAAGAGCAAUGGGACUUCCCUAAUGCUUGGCCCCCGCUGGUAAGCAUUGUAGUGAAUGCCCUAGAGAUGAUCGGCACAGAGGAAGCCCAGAAACUGGCCUUUGACGUCGCUCAAACCUGGGUCCGCGCUUGCCACAAAGGGUUUACAGAGCAUAAACAAAUGUUUGAGAAAUAUGAUGUUCAAACGCCUGGCGGUUUCGGUGAUGGCGGAGAGUAUACUUUGCAAUUCGGGUUCGGCUGGUCGAACGGAGUUGUCCUCGAGUUUUUAAAGAAAUACGGCAGUGUGCUAACGGCUAAGGAUCCUUUAAGAAAUAGCGCCAGUGAGGUCAAUUAUCCUGAAGAUGUUAAGAGUAACGAGAGUGACUAUAAUGGAAAACUUGUUAUUCCAAUAGUACCAAACAUGCCCACUAUAAAACGGAUCUACCCCUUCCUGGGAUUACUGGGCGCGUGUGUGCACGCCGUCGCUAAGGUAUCGGUGUGCAAUUCCUCCAUAUACUGCUCCGGGGAACUCCUCCACAGAGUCCAACUCGCCCGGCUGUAUCCCGACUCGAAGACUUUCGUAGAUUUGAAACUCAAAUUUCCCGAAAACGAAACGCUGGCUGACUUCGCGAAACUGAUGCACGAUACCAACCAAAAUCCGUCACACGAACAGCUGCUCAAGUUUGUAGAUAAUCAUUUUGUUGAUGGAAAUCAGCUUCUGCACUGGAACCCACCAGAUUUUAACCCUAAACCACCGAUUUUAGAACAAAUUUCUGAUCCCAAAUUACGAGAAUUUGCAAAAGACGUUAUUCAAAUUUGGGCUAAGCUCGGGAGAACAGUGGAUCCUGAUGUCGCUGAACACCCAGAACGAUCUAGUCUGCUUUACGUGCCAAAUGGAUUUAUUGUUCCUGGAGGACGAUUCAAGGAGCUAUAUUAUUGGGAUUCCUAUUGGAUGGUGCGAGGACUUUUGUUGAGCAACAUGGUCGAAACUGCUAAAGGCAUGAUUGAGAACUUGCUGUAUUUAGUGGAAAAAAUUGGCUACAUGCCAAAUGGUGGCCGGAUUUAUUAUUUUGGCAGAAGUCACCCACCACUGCUUACUGCUAUGGUCGCAAGAUAUUUCGAAGCCACUGGCGAUAUAGCUUUUAUAGAAAAACACAUUACAACAGUAGAGAAAGAAUUGCAAUACUGGCUCGAUAAUAAAAGAAUGAAUGUUAUUGUAGAUGAAACAGAAUAUGUUCUUCUGAGAUAUGUUGCCGAUGGCAACAGGAAAGAGCCGCGUCCGGAGUCGUACUACGAAGACUACACAAAUUCUCUGAAAAUGCGGGAGGAAAAGCGAGAAAAUUUCUAUUUGCAAAUAAAAAGCGCGGCAGAGAGCGGCUGGGACUUUUCCUCGCGAUGGUUUGUGUCGGCGACGAACAGCGAGCUGGGCACUCUGACGGAUCUCAGAACGACGUCAAUCCUGCCUGUUGAUCUUAACGCUAUUUUCGCCGGUGCCCUUGAACUUGUCGGGGACUUCCGAAGUCACCUGAAACAUCGCCGCGAAGCGCUGAAAUGGUGGAGCCUUGCCAAGUAUUGGCGAAAUGCGAUCGCCAAAGUCCUGUGGGAUUCGGCGGACGGGGUUUGGUACGAUUAUGAUAUGGACGCGAAGUCGCUAAGAAAACACUUUUAUCCUAGCUUUAUUGCGCCAUUAUGGGCUGGGGCGGUAGACGUUGAGUUAGCUCCGAAAUAUGGCGCACAAAUAGUUAAAUAUUUGCUCAAGUCUGGAGCAUUGGAUUUCCCGGGUGGCGUGCCGACAUCGAUACUGAACUCAGGGGAGCAAUGGGACUAUCCUAAUGCGUGGCCGCCGCUGCAAUCGAUACUGAUAUUUGGUUUAGAUAAGAGCGGCGACGAGGGGGCCAAGAAAUUGGCGAAGGAACAAGCAAAGUUGUGGCUGCGGGCGAAUUACAUAGGCUACAGCACGUGGCAGAAAAUGUUCGAGAAGUACAGUGUAUUGCACCCAGGGCAAGAAGGGACCGGCGGCGAAUAUUUAGUUCAAGAUGGGUUUGGAUGGACCAACGGCGUAGUCCUGGAGCUCUUGAGUAGAUACGGAAAAGAUAUAACUUUAGAUGACGACAUGAAUGCCGCGUCUGGCCCUUGCGUGCAACAAAUUUAAUCUUAGACUGUAAUAGUGAUAUUUUAUUAAAAAGUGAAUAUACAAAUUUAUAUAAAAGUAUACCAAGUAGGCAUAAUUAUUUAGUAUUGUUAAUAGAAAUUUAUUUAUACUUGUUUUAAGCGAAAUGUGACACUUGUUGUUUGUUUAAAUGGCGUGCGAAUGCUUACAUUGCAGCGAUGACACGUAAUAAAUUAUUUUAAUAUGUUAA